CGUGACCCGAAAGUGUUUAGUUAUACUUGCCUGUUUCACAACGGUAUGUGUCAUCACCAAAACACCAAGUAAAGAGUGGAAACGGUGGAAAUAGUAAUGAAAACCACUGACAGCGACAGCCUGUACAUUUAUUUUUCUACCGAUAUUCCUAGGAACGUUACAGAUAUCAACACAACGUAUCGCCGAGGACUGUAGUCUUGUCUAUUGUAUAGAUUAGCGCUAACUUCAUCAUACUGCAACGUUGUUUCUCCCCCGGUUGGACUGUAGCUGCUAGCUAGCCUAGCUGGCUAAUUCCCUGUAUCCGCCCUGGUCGGGACGGCAUCGAAAUGUCCUGCUGCCUUCUCGAGUUCUGUCGGGUCCAAGAACUCAAAGCAGUCCGGGAGUUCUUGUUCCAGAGCAAGCAAAACAACCCUUCCUCGGCGGACAAAAAAGCAGGUACUGUUAGCUAACGCUCAGCUCUAGGAGAGAUUAGUUGCUGUUUAUGACCAACUUGUGUACUUACUUUACAAAAAGAGACAAGGACUGCAAACGUUAAUGUUUUAGCUAUGGGUGACGUCACCUAUCAUCUCGUGCCUGCAGAAUUUGACAGCUCUCGAAGUCGCACUUUUUGAUGCUAGAAACGCCAGGGGCACGGAAUGUAAACAAUGCACGUAUAACUACAUGCCUCUUUAUAUCCUUGGUCUGUCACAUCAUGAAUAAUAGAAUUAGAGAUUAUAGCAGUUAAUAUGCGCAAGGUGUAGUGAAUGUGAGCUGGAGAGCUGCUUCGCUCCGCAGUGACAGCGGGAGGCAGACAGGGAUGGAAAGAAAGAGGGGGGAGGAAGGGAGUUUUGCCCUUUGUCGUAUGCUAUGAGUCAUCCUACAGGAGGGCUUCUGAACAGAUUACCGCAUGAUACUGGACAAAGGAAGACACAUUCACGCUCAAAGCCACGAGCCAUUGUGCAUGCAUGUUUAAGUCAGACCAUAGCAACAGGAGUCCCCUUGGCUGUCAAUAGGAGUUCUGUCAAUCGCUCUACUCCCCCCACUCACUGAUAUUUAUAGCAUCUCCAGCUUCAUCCCCUUUCUCUCUUCUGGUCGAGGGAGUUUCUCCACUUUCUCUGUUAGUGUGACCCUGCCAGUCCCAAAUAUGUUUUACAAGUGUGUGUGUAUCAUGUAUCACCUGGUCUGAGUAAAUGUUCAACUUUAUAGCCUAACAUUUUAAAACGGACAAUUGAUUCUGGAUUGCACCUUCUAGUAAUUUGUGAUUGCCUUUCUCGCUCUCUCACUCAGAGAAUGAGCUGGCCUGGGAUGACUCCAACUGGGGUUCAUGGGAUAACCCUGAGGCCAAAGAAGAUGGCAGUGGGGACACCACGGUCAGUUUGUCUGUCUCUUACACUGUUUGUCUGUCUCUUACACUGUUUGUCUGUCUCUUACACUGUUUGUCUGUCUUUUCUACAUACUUUAUAUCUGGUUUUAGUUGUUUAAGUUUACACUGAAAGCGUUUUUCCUUCCCAAAUGUUUUAUUAUUAUAUCUAUUUUUGCACUGUUUGGACUUAGGCGACCCGAAAAAACGCUUAGGCGCCCCGCCCAAUGAUUACAAUGGCAGAAGAAUCCCUGAACGUCCUUUGUCCUUGGCACAAAAUCAGAUAGCACUCUUCCAUAGCCCUCAGUGAUCUCUGAGGGUUGGUCCUGUUGUGUUGUGUUCCUCAGGGGGUGGAGGAGGACAGUGCAGCAGUGAGCGCCCCCUGGCUGCAGGACUGUGUGGUGUCUCUGUCUCCCUGCUCAGACCUGAUGGUCGUCGCCAAAGACAGCAAGGCUGUGUUUCUCUCAGGUAUGUCUCCCAAAACACAGACACUCACAUUAACAUAUACACACGCUCAGACAUGACACAGACACACUGCUGUUGAUGGGGUGUGUGUGUUGACAUUUUCUCUCCUCUCCUACAGCGAAGUGGCGGACAGAUGACGGAGGCAGAGAGGGGAUGACGCUGGCUGUGUCCUGGAGUGGAACUCUCAGCACCGAGGAGGGGUGAGAGAACAUGCCGUGAAGGGGUGGUAGAACAGGGGGUUGAGAGGGAGGAGGGGAAGAAACAUGGGGGCGGAUGGAUGAGAGAACAGGGGGAGGAGGGGCGGGAGAACAGGGGGAGGAGGGGCGGGAGAACAGGGGGAGGAGGGGCGGGAGAACAGGGGAGGAGGGGGAGGAGGGGCAGGGAGAACAGGGAAGGGGAGGAGGGGCGGGAGAACAGGGGAGGAGGGGCGGAGAACAGAGGGAGAGGGGCGGGAGAACAGAGGGAGGAGGGGCGGGAGAACAGAGGGAGGAGGGGCGGGAGAACAGAGGGAGGAGGGGCGGGAGAACAGAGGGAGGAGGGGCGGGAGAACAGAGAGAGGAGGGGCGGGAGAACAGAGGGAGGAGGGGCGGGAGAACAGAGGGAGGAGGGGCGGGAGAACAGAGGGAGGAGGGGCGGGAGAACAGAGAGAGGAGGGGCGGGAGAACAGAGAGAGGAGGGGUGGGAGAACAGAGGGAGGAGGGGAUGAGAGGGAGGUAGGAAAGAAACAGGGGCGGAUGAGAGAGGUAGGGUUGAAAGAAUGUGAGGAGAGGAAAGGACACAGAAAGAAGACAAGAUUCCAGAUUCACUGUGUGUGUCUCUACAGGGAGAGUGUGAGCAGUGUCAUCUGUAUACCUUUGGCCAGCCAGAAGAGGUAAGCCACCUAGUGUGUCCGUUUGUGUGUCCAUCCAUGUGUGUUCACUUGUGUGUACAUAUCAAUGUGUAUGUAUGUAAGUUUGUGUUCUAUUGAUGAGUAUUCUCUCUCUCUCUCUCUCUCUCUCUUUCUCUCUCUCUCUCUCUCUCUCUCUCUCUCUUUCUCUCUCUCUUUCUCUCUCUCUUUCUCUCUCUCUCUCUGUGUGUUCAGGAGUUCCACAGGCCGACCAGACUGGACCUGUAUCGCAGUGGGCUUCUCAUCUGGCUAUGUACGCUUCUACACCGAGGUACAGCAGCAUUUACUUGUUACCUGGAAGGCAGAAUACCAUCAGGAGUCUGGCUGGUGAUAAUCUAACAGUGGUGUGUAUUUUGUCAGAGUGGGGUCCUACUCCUAGCCCAGCUGUUGAAUGAGGACCCUGUCCUGAGGCUCAAGUGUCGCACUUAUGAAAUCCCCCGCCACCCCGGUGUCACCGAGCAGGUACGACUAUAGCACACAUCGAAACACUGACUGCUGUCUGGGCCUGGAUACCAAGGUUCUCUUGGUGACACUUUGUAUUUAUGAGUCUCUCUCUUUCUCUCUUAGCAUGAGGAGCUGAGUAUCCUUUAUCCAGCAGCCCUGGUCACCAUCGACGGCUUCAGUCUCUUCCAGUCUCUACGGGCCUGCAGAAACCAGGUGGCUCGAGGUACUGCUGCAUGUGUGUGUGUUUUGUGUCUGUUUGUUAAAGUACUGUAGUAGCAGUAGAGGUAGGGCAUUAGUAGUAGUAAAACUAGUUGUAGUACCGCAGUAAUGGCGCUAUGAAUAAGAGCAUCUGCUAAAUGACUAAAAUGUAAAUGUAAAAUGUUUAUGGUGCUACACAUAGGAUUUCUUUGAAUUUUUGCAUUGUCAUUCCAGAAAAUAUCCAUCAUAUAUCUGGCACUAGUAGUGGAAUAAUAGUGUUUCACAGUAUUACUUACCUGCCAGUGUUGUGAUUGGCUGUGGUAUUCGCCUAUUGAUUUCUCCCGCUGGAGCUGCAUCUGUUGUCAAACUGGGAAAGCUGUUCUGACUUUGACUGUGUUAUCUAGUGGAAAUCGCUAAGUCAUUUCCUGGUUGCUAAAAUUCUACACUGUUCGCUCAAUUUCAGUUUAUCAUUGUACCAUCUAAAUCGCUGUGAAAUGUCUUUUCAAUAUGAAAAAAAAUAUUUUUACAUCUUAUUAAAGCUCAUGGUAAGUGACUUUCGGUUUUGGUCCACCAGCAUAAAACAGCUGUAAAAACAAUAUUUUUUGAUAUUGAAAAGAUAUUUCACAUCGAUUUAGAUGGUACAAUGAUUCUCUACACUGUUCAGUGCUUGUCUUCUCACAUAAACUGAAAUUGCGCAAACAGUGUAGAAUUUUAAUGCUGUGAAACACUAUCAUUCCACUAUUAGCGUCAGAUGGAGAAUGGUGCCGGAGGAGAUGGCUGCCGUUUUACGGGCUCCUAACCAAUUAUGCUAUUUUGUGUGUUUUUUCACUGUGUUUGUAACUUAUUUUGUACAUAAUGUUUCUGCCGCCGUCUCUUAUGAAUGAAAAGAGCUUCUGGAUAUCAGAACAGUGAUUACUCACCUCGAACUGGACAAAGAUUGUUUUAUUUAACGAGUCAGACGCGAAGGAUUUACUCGAGAUACCCAACCAGGCCCAAAUCCCCGUCAUUCGCAUGAAGAGAAGAUGCCGAUACAGGGGACGCAGGUCCGGGUGCCUUGUGAGAAUUAGUCGGCAAGUGGGUAACCCGCCUCUACCAUCCGUCCUAUUGGCCAACGUGCAAUCAUUGGAGAAUAAACUGGAGCUCUGUUCAAGACUAUCCUACCAACAGGACAUUAUAAACUGUAAUAUCUUAUGUUUCACCUUGUCAUGGCUGAACGACGACAUGGAUAAUAUACAGUUGGCUGGUUUUUCCGUGCAUUGGCAAGACAGAACAGCUGCCUCCGGUAAGAGAAGCGGUGGCGGUCUGUGUCUAUUUGUAAAUAACAGCUGGUGCACAAAAUCAAAUAUUGAGGAAGUCUCAAGGUUUUGCUCGCCUGAGGUAGAGUAUCUCAUGAUAAGCUGUAGACCACACUAUUUACCAACAGAGUUUUCAUCUAUAUUUUUCGUAGCUGUCUAUUUACCACCACAAACUGAUGCUGGCACUAAGACCGCACUCAACAAGCUGUAUAAAGCCAUAAGCAAACAAGAAAAUGCUCAUCCAGAGGCGGCGCUUCUAGUGGCCGGGGACUUUAAUGCAGGGAAACUUAAAUCCGUUUUACCUAAUUUCUACCAGCAUGUUACAUGUGCAACAAGAGGGGGAAAAAAGUCUAGACCACCAUUACUCCACACACAGAGACGCGUACAAAGCUCUGCCUCGCCCUCCAUUUGGCAAAUCUGACCAUAAUUCUAUCGUCCUGAUUCCUGCAUAAAAGCAAAAACUAAAGCAGGAAGUACCAGUGACUCGCUUAAUACGGAAGUGGUCAGAUGACGCAGAUGCUAAGCUACAGGACUCAUCCAAUGGCAUUGAGGAGUAUACCACAUCAGUCACCAGCUUCAUCAAUAAGUGCAUUGAUGACGUCGUCCCCACAGUGACCGUACGUACAUACCCCAACCAGAAGCCAUGGAUUACAGGCAACAUCCGCACUGAGCUAAAGGGUAGUGCUGCCACUUUCAAGGAGCGGGACUCUAACCCGGACGCUUAUAAGAAAUCCUGCUAUGCCCUCAGACAAACCAUCAAACAGGCAAAGCUUAAAUACAGGACUAAGAUUGAAUCCUACUACACUGGUUCUGACGCUCUUCAGAUGUGGCAGGGCUUGCAAACUAUUACAGACUACAAAUGGAAGCCCAGCCACGAGCUGCCCAGUGACACAAGCCUACCAGACAAGCUAAAUGACGCAAUCUCUAUUGCACUCAACACUGCCCUUUCCCUCCUGGACAAAAGGAACACCUAUGUGAGAAUGCUGUUCAUUGACUACAGCCCAGCGUUCAACACCAUAGUGCCUUCAAAGUUCAUCACUAAGCUAAGGACCCUGGGACAAAACACCUCCUCUGCAACUGGAUCCUGGAUUUCCUGGUAAGGGUAGGCAACAACACAUCUUGCACACCGAUCCUCAACACAGGGGCCUCUCAGGGGUAAAAGGGGAUCCGAAACUUUGAACAUCCCACGGAGCACCAUUAAAUCCAUUAUUAAAAAAUGGAAAGAAUAUGGCACCACAACAAACCUGCCAAGAGAGGGCCACCCACCAAAUCUCACAGACCAGGCAAGGAGGGCAUUAAUCAGAGAGGCAACAAAGAGACCAAACAUAACCCUGAAGGAGCUGCUUUACGGAAGAGUGGCCAGAAAAAAGCCAUUGCUUAAAGAAAAAAAUAAGCAAACACAUUUGGUGUUAGCCAAAAGGCAUGUGGGAGACUCCCCAAACAUAUGGAAGAAGGUACUCUGGUCACAUGAGACUAAAAUUGAGCUUUGUGGCGCAAACCCAACACCUCUCAUCACCCCGAUAUUCUAUAUUUUGUGUAUUGUAGCUUGAGGUGAUAUACAGUAUACUGGAAUUCCAUACCAUUUACUCAACUCUUUCCUCAUCUCGUCUUUCUCUCUGUCUACCCUCUCUUCCUCCAAACCCCUUCUCUUUGUCAUUAUUCUUUACUUUCUAUGUGCGUGUCUUCUCUCUCUCUCUCUCUCCCCCCCCUCCCCUCCCCUCCCCAGCGGCGGCAGCAGGCAGUGAGGUGGUCCAGCCUCCUCCUCUGGCCUAUAAGAAGUGGGGUCUACAGGACAUGGAUGCUAUCGUAGACCACAGCAGUGUGGGUGAGCGAGAGGAAGAGGGAGGGUCAGAUGGAUGGAUGGGCACAGGGAGUGGGGGGGCUGGAGGGGGAAGGAGGACGGGGAGUGGGCGGGAGAAGAAAGGGGGAGAAGAUCAUGAAGAAUUGAUUGGAUGGAUACUGGUUGAAAGACAGUGAAACUGUAGCUAUGUUCUCCAUUCUAACUGUGCUCUCUUUUCGUACCUCCCUUCCCAGGUAUAAUGACGCUGUGUGUGUUUGACCAGAUGAAGAAUGCAUCUAUCCUGGGGGGUUUCCAUGCCUCUGUGAAGGGCAGCCUCCCCGCCAUGAGUCAGUACAUCACUGUGGGGGGAGGACCCUACACAGGCUUCUACUAUGCCAUAGAGGUGUGUGUUUGUGUCUGUCUGCUGUCCAUCUUUUUCUCACCUCACGCAUGUCUAUUUAUCUCUCUGAGAGAAAGUUGUAGUAGACCAGUAGCAGGGAUUCCUGACUGUCCUAUUUUCUCUCCCUCUAGGGCAGCUCCCAGCCUCUCCUCUCCCACGUUGCUCUGGCUGUGGCCAGCAAACUCACGUCGGCCUUAUUCACCGCCGCCAGGUGUGUGUGUGUGUGUGUAUUCCUUGGUGAAUGUUAGGCUUGGGCGGUAUACCAUAUACCAGGGUAUUUUGAAAUACCCACGGUAUGAUUUUCAAAAACCCUCACAGGGGUUGCGCGCUAUGAUUCUGCUUAUAACUAUGAGUUAAAUAUCUAAGAUUUUCUCCAGCUCAGGGCUCCAGCUAUGCAUUUGGUUUGCUCUGUAUUUUUCCUCUCCUUUCCAUUCCGUCUCUUCUCACUCCUUCUGCAUUGCCUCUUUUCUCUCUGUACCCUUUCUCUCCCCUCUACUUUUCCUCUCUCUCUCUCUCUCUCUCUCUCUCUCUCUCUCUCUCUCUCUCUCUCUCUCUCUCUCUCUCUCUCAGUGGGUGGCUGGGCUGGAAGAAACAGAAUGAGGAAGAGCCAACUCAGAAACAGAAGCCCAAGGUGGAACCGGCCACGCCCCUGGCAGUCAGGUGACCAACACAUCCCUCUUAUUAGAAGAACUAGGAAAUGGUUUCUUCUGCACAUACACUCUGACACACUGUCAAUUUGCCAAGUUACCUUACCACUUUCACUUGCAAAUGAAUCAAUUUGCCUGGUUUACAUUUCUAACUGAAGUGAUUGCCUCACCCAACCUCACCCUGUCCUUCCUCUUGUGUCCCGUCCCCAGGUUUGGUCUCCCAGACUCGCGGCGUCAUGGGGAGUCCAUCUGUCUGUCCCCCUGUAACACUCUGGCUGGGGUCACGGACGACUUUGGCAGGGUCAUGCUGCUCGACGUGGGGAGAGGCAUCGCCAUCCGCAUGUGGAAGGGUGAGAGAGAUAAAAAUAGAGUUUCCCUUUAACACUCAACAGUAACUGAAUUUUCUGGUUUAUUAUAAAGACAGGAAACAUUUUGUAGGGUUUAGUUUUCAUUGAUUUGGAAAAAGGCCCUGGUUAUAUAUCUAGUUAUAAUCUAAUUCUGAGUGUUCCCUGCCCCAGGCUACCGGGAUGCCCAGCUGGGUUGGGUGCAGGUGUCUGAGGGGCGGGGCGAGUCUUCCCCGUCUGCGCCCCUCCCACGGCGCCACGCUCAGUUCCUGGUCAUCUACGCCCCCAGGAGAGGCAUCCUGGAGGUGUGGGGCACACAGCAGGGCCCCCGAGUAGGAGCCUUCACUGUCGGGAAACACUGCAGGUACACAGGCACACACACACAUUUCUGAUUAAAGCAUUUGCACCAUUCUAACCAGUAACCAUUACCUUCUCUCCUGUGUGAAUGUAUCAGGUUGCUGUAUGCAGGCUACCGGCUGAUGGGGGUGAACAGUGUGACCAGUCAGGGCUGGCAGCUCCACACACAGCAGGUGUGUCUGUUCGACCCUGCUACUGGAGUACUACGCACUAUCACUGUCCCCUUCCAUCUGGCCCUCAGGUGAGUACAUACACAUACUUCGUAUCAGGGUUACAAUUAUUUUCAUGUGAAAAGUUAUUUCGAACACUAUGGUCUCUCGAUAGUCAUACAUGACAAAAAUACACACGCAAAAUGCUGCAGUGCAGUAACAGUGUUGACUCCUGUUUCAGUGAUAAGAAGAGUGAGAGAGCAAAGGACAUGCACCUGCUGAAGAGACUGACCACACUACUGAAGAACAGAGAGGUGGAAGCAGGUACGACAGAGAUGGACGGGGAAAAUGAAAAGAUGAGAGUGUGCCCUUUCCAGAAGUAUUUGAACAGGGCAAACAAGAAGAGCUCUUUCUUACCUUUGACCUUCUCUCCUCAGAUAUCCUGGAGAGUGAGGCCCAGAGUGUACUGCUGGACAUCAAACACCCUGCUAUUAAGAAACAGGUCAACGAACACACACACACACACACACACACACACACACACACACACAGACACUCAGACACAGAGGGGGGUCAGCACACCCAGGGAAUGUCCUUCCUUAUUACUUUCUGCUCUCUGUCCUGCACUUUAGGCCCUGGAGUCUCUGCUAGCCAAUAAGAAUGCUCCAGUCUCCUGUCUGACCAACAUCACCCGAGUCUUACUGGCCAGUCUCAGGGGGAAAGGUACCGUGCAGUUCUGGAUAUUUAUUGAGAAUGAAUAUCAAAACCAUGUUUUUGUACAAAUAUGUGUCUUAAUGCUUCUGUGUUUGUGAAUGCCUGUGUGUUGCCUGUGUGUUGUCCCUGCAGACCCUGAGGCGGUAGAUGAAGCAUUGCUCCAGUUGUGUUCCUCCCAGCUGAAACUGCUCCAGCUCUACACCGACAUCCAACAGCUGCACUCUACUGUGGAGGCUAGCACAGACACACACACUAUGCCUGUGAGUGCAGAACCACCACGCACACACACACGUUUUGUUCAUCUAUCCUCGUGGGCCCUAAAAUUAAUUUCCAUUCAAAAUCACAUUUUCCCUUACCAUAACUCUAAAUCUAAUCAAUAACCCCUUACCCUAAUUCUAACCCUAAACCUAACCCCUAAACGUAAAAUAGCCUUUGUCCUCAUGAGGAUAUGGGAAAUGUCCCCAAAGGUCCCCACAAGGAUAGAAGAACCAACCCACACACACAUAUACAGUACAUACAAACACAAACACACACACACACACACUAAACCUGUGAGUACAGCAUUCUGACACUGAAUAAACUAGCUACAUUCAGAACAGUAAACAGCAGGCUGAGUUGCCAACAACAUUUACCAAUUUGGAAUUUUGAACUACUCUUCUUUUUCUCUUCUCGAGUGAGACCGCGGAGCAGCCGUUUUUGCAGAGGAGAGUGCCGCUAGGAGAGAAGAGGAGUAGGAGAGGAAUAGCGGGAGGGUAGAGGUAGAGGAGUAGGGGAGGAGCCAAGGAUGCGGAGCGGCCGCAGAGGAGCAGGAGAGUAAUGAGAGGGGAGAAGGAUCUGCUAGUUCUAGUGACGAGGCGUUCUCUUCUCUUCGCUCUGCUGAUUUAUUCUCUUCUUAUUCUCUUCUCUUCUUUCUCUUCUCUUCUCUUCUCUUCUCUUCUCUUCUCUUCUCUUCUCCACUGCUUCCUCCUAUCCAGACAGAGGUUGCAGGAGUAGAGGAGGAGCUGGCCCGCGUCUCCCUCAUCCUGCAGCGCUACACAGAGCUCACCUCCGGCUCCCGCCCCUCCGUCUCAUUCGCCCAGGACUCCCCUGACGGAUCACUUCCUGUACGCAGCUUUCUGUCCCAGAUGGAGUGUGAUGGAGAGGAGAUCAGGGUGGUCCCAGGGCCCGACACAGACUGGACACAACUGGGUAGGAUGAACGUGCGCACACACACACACACACAAACACAAUUCGUCACAUUACCCCUAUACAAAUCUACCUCUAUCACUCCAGUAUCCCUGCACAUUGUAAAUAUGAUACUGGAACUGACUGAGCCUGGAUAUAGUAUUCUUACUUUCUCGUGUUCUUAUUUUUAUUUCUCGUGUGUUUUUGUUCUACCUUAUGUUAUUUCUAGUAUUACAUUGUUAUUGAUUACUGCAUUGUUGGGUUUAGAGCUUGCAAGAAAGCCAUUUCACUGUACUUGUGCACGUGACAUUGAAAACUUGAAAAUGUGUAAAAUUGCAGGAAAUUAGCUUUAAAACUGCUACAUUUCCCCUUCGCUCCAUGGCAUAAUGUGUACUUGUGCACGCGACAUUAAAAACUUGAAACUUGAAACCUAUGUGUAUAAGGGGUAAGACUGUGUGUUGUUUUCCCUGUAGGGAGCUUUCUGUUCUGGGGCUGUCUGACAGGAGAGAGCCCUCUACAGAAAGUCUGUGACACACUCCAGGAGACCGGCAUCAGCCCACAGCAUUUACUGGUGAGGAGAGGAAGGAGAGUGGUAUGGCAAGAGGAUGGGAGUGUGACGUGCACUAAUAUCCAUUUUGCAUGCAGCACAUGCUUUUUACCAGUGCUGCAGCGCAGGGAAUUUUUUAAAUAUUUUAUUUAUUUUAAUUAUUUCAUCCUUAAUUUAACCGGGUAAGCCAGUUGAGAACAAGUUCUCAUUUACAACUGCGACCUGGCCAAGAUAAAGCAAAGCAGUGCGAUAAAAACAACAACACAGAGUUACAUAUGGGGUAAACAAAACAUAAAGUCAAAAAUACAACAAAAAAUAUAUAUACAGUGUGUACGAAUGUAGUAAGUUAUGGAGGUAAGGUAAUAAAUAGGCCAUAGUGCAAAAUAGUUACAAUUUCGUAUAAUACUGGAAUGCUAGAUGUGCAAAGGAUGAUGUGCAAAUAGAGAUACCGGGGUGCAAAUUAGCAAAAUAAAUAACAAUAAUGGGAUGAGGUAGUUGGGUGGGCUAAUUUCAGAAAGGCUGUGUACAGGUGCAGUGAUCGGUAAGCUGAUCUGACAACUGACGCUUAAAGUUAGUGAUGGAGAUAAGAGUCUCCAGCUUCAGAGAUUUUUGCAGUUCGUUCCAGUCAUUGGCAGCAGAGAACUGGAAGGAAUGGCGGGCAAAGGAGGUGUUGGCUUUGGGGAUGACCAGUGAGAUAUACCUGCUGGAGCGCAGACUACGGGUGGGUGUUGCUAUGGUGACCAGUGAGCUAAGAUAAGACAGGGAUUUGCCUAGCAGUGAUUUAUAGAUGACCUGGAGCCAGUGGGUUUGGCGAUGAAUAUGUAGUGAGGGCCAGCCAACAAGCGCGUACAGGUCACAAUGGUGGGUAGUAUAUGGGGCUUUGGUGACAAAACGGAUGGCACUGUGAUAGACUACAUCCUAUUUGCUGAGUAGGGUGUUGGAGAAUAUUUUGUAAAUGACAUCGCCGAAGUCAAGGAUCGGUAGGAUAGUCAGUUUUACGAGAGCAUGUUUGGCAGCAUGAGUGAAGGAGGCUUUGUUGCGAAAUAGGAAGCCGAUUCUAGAUCUAACUUUUGAUUGAAGAUGCUUAAUGUGAGUCAGGAAGGAGAGUUUACAGUCUAACCAGACACCUAGGUAUUUGUAGUUGUCCACAUACUCUAGGUCAGACCUGCCGAGAGUAGUGAUUCUAGUCGGGUGGGAGGGUGCAAGCAGCGUUCGGUUGAAGAGCAUGCAUUUAGUUUUACUAGUGUUUAAGAGCAGUUGGAGGCUACGGAAGGAGUGUUGUAUGGCAUUGAAGCUCGUUUGGAGGUUUGUUAACACAGUGUCCAAUGAAGGGCCAGAUGUAUACAAAAUGGUGUCGUCCGCAUAGACGUGGAUCCGAGCGUCACCAGCAGCAUGAGCGACAUCAUUGAUAUACACAGAGAAUAGAGUCGGCCCGAGAAUUGAAUCCUGUGGCACGCCCAUAGAGACGGCCAGAGGUCCAGACAACAGGCCCUCCGAUUUGACACAUUGAACUCUAUUUGAGAAGUAGUUGGUGAACCAGGCGAGGCAGUCAUUAGAGAAACCAAGGCUAUUUAGUCUGCCAAUAAGAAUGCGGUGGUUGACAGAGUCGAAAGCCUUGGCCAGGUCGAUGAAGAUGGCUGCGCAGUACUGUCUUUUAUCGAUUGCGUUUAUAAUAUCGUUUAGGACCUUGAGCGUGGCUGAGGUGCACCCAUGACCAGCUCGGAAACCAGAUUGCAUAGCGGAGAAGGUACGGUGGGAUACGAAAUGGUCGGUGAUCUGUUUGUUAACUUGGCUUUCAAAUACUUUCGAAAGGCAGGGCAGGAUGGAUAUAGGUCUAUAACAGUUAGGAUCUAGAGUGUCAACCCCUUUGAAGAGGGGGAUGACCGCGGCAGCUUUCCAAUCUCUGGGGAUCUCAGACGUUACGAAAGAGAGGUUGAACAGGCUAGUAAUAGGGGUUGCGACAAUUUCGGCGGCUAAUUUUAGAAAGAAAGGGUCCAGAUUGUCUAGCCCAGCUGAUUUGUAGGGGUCCAGAUUUUUUAGCUCUUUCAGAACAUCAGCCGUCUGAAUUUGUGUGAAGGAGAAGCGGGGGGGGCAUGGGCAAGUUGCAGCGGAGGGUGCAGAGCUGGUGGCCGGGUAGUGGUAGCCAGUUGGAAAGCAUGGCCAGCCGUAGCAAAAUGCUUGUUGAAAUUCUCGAUUAUUGUAGAUUUAUUGGUGGUGACAGUGUUUCCUAGCCUCAGUGCAGUGGGCAGUUGGGAGGAGGUGCUCUUAUUUUCCAUGGACUUUACAGUGUCCCAAAACUUUUUGGAGUUAGUGCUACAGGAUGCAAAUUGCUGUUUGAAAAAGCUAGCCUUUGCUUUCUUAACUGAUUGUGUAUAUUGGUUCCUGACUUCCCUAAAAAGUUGCAUAUCGCGGGGGCUGUUCGAUGCUAAUGCAGUAUGCCACAGGAUGUUUUUGUGCUGGUCAAGGGCAGUCAAGUCUGAGGAGAACCAGGGGCUAUAUCUGUUCUUAGUUCUGAAUUUUUUGAAUGGGGCAUGCUUAUUUAAGAUUGAGAGGAAAGCACUUUCAAAGAACAACCAGGCAUCCUCUACUGACGGAAUGAGGUCAAUAUCCAUCCAGGAUACCCGGGACAGGUCAAUUAGAAAGGCCUGCUCGCUAAAGUGUUUUAGGGAGCGUUUGACAGUGAUGAGGGGUGGUCGUUUGAUCGCGGACCCAUUACGGACGCAGGCAAUAAGGCAGUGAUCGCUGAGAUCCUGGUUGAAGACAGCGGAGGUGUAUUUAGAGGGUAAAUUUGUCAGGAUGAUAUCUAUGAGAAUGCCCAUGUCUACAGAUUUAGGGUUGUACCUGGUAUGUUCGUUGAUAAUUUGUGUGAGAUUGAGGGCAUCUAGUUUAGAUUGUAGGUUGGCCGGGGUGUUAAGCAUAUCCCAGUUUAGGUCACCAAGCAGUAUGAACUAUGAGGAUAGAUGGGGGGCAAUCAGUUCACAUAUGGUGUCCAGGGCACAGCUCGGGGCUGAGGGGGGUCUGUAGCAAGCGGCAACAGUGAGAGACUUAUUUCUGGAAAGGUGGAUUUUUAGCAGUAGAAGCUCAAACUGUUUGGGCACAGACCUGGAUAGUACGAUAGAGCUCUGCAGGCUAUCUCUACAGUAGAUUGCAACCCCACCCCCUUUGGCAGUUCUAUCGAGACGGAAAAUGUUGUAGUUGGGGAUGGAAAUUUCUGAAUAUUUGGCGGCCGUCCUAAACCAGGAUUCAGACACUGCUAGAACAUCAGGGUUGGCGGAGUGUGCUAGUGCAGUGAAUAACUCAAACUUAGCAAGGAGGCUUCGGAUAUUAACGUGCAAGAAACCAAGGCUUUUACGAUUACAGAAGUCAACAAAUGAUAACGCCUGGGGAGUAGGAGUGAUACUGGGGGCUACAGGGCCUGGGUUAACCUCUACAUCACCAGAGGAACAGAGGAGGAGUAGAAUAAGGAUAUGGCUAAAGUAUUUAAGUACUGGUCUUCUAGUGCGUUGGGUACAGAGAAAAAAAGGGGCAGGUUUCCGGGCGUUGUAGAAUAGAUUCAGGGCAUUAUGUACAGAAAAGGAUAUGGAAGGAUAGGAGUACAGUGGAGGUAAACCUAAGCGUUGGGUAACGAUGAAGGAGAGAGCAUCACUGGAGGCACCGAUUGAGUCGGUCUCUGCGUGUAUGGGGGGUGGGACAAAAGAGCUAUCUAAGGCAGGUUUAGCUGGGCUGGGGGAUCUACAGUGAAAUAGUACAAUCUGCCCAACUGUAUGCAUCCAUCCAUAUUUUUUUAUCUGUACCUCCGAUUCAAGGAAGGGGAGAUUUGGGUAUGGGAGGAAGUAUAGACUGAAAUAGAAUGAAAUGUAACUCUUCCAUGUUGUCUGUCUGUGUGUGUGUCUAUGUGUGUGUGUGUUCUUUCCCUCAGUCUCUGUUGCUGAGUGUAUGGCUGCACAGAGAGAAGGAAGUAUUGAAGAAACCAAAGGCCGUCAGACACCUACACACACUCCUCACUGCCCUCAGCUCCAUGAAAGGUGUGUGAGCACAUCUUAUUUUGUAAUGUGGUCUGUGCUGUGAUAAAAUUGAGUUAGCAGUUGGGUUGUGGUUAGAUAAUAGGUAGUGGAGUCCACAGGAGGCUAGUGGCUCCUUAAUUGGGGAGGACGGGCUCGUGGUAAUGGCUGGAGCGGAAUUGUGGAAUGGUAUCCAACACAUCAAACACAUGGUUCCCAGGUGUUUGAUCCCAUUUGUUCCGUUCCGGACAUUAUUAUGAGCCGUCCUCCCCUCAGCAGCCUCCUGUGGUGGACUCCCAUUGACUUUCGUAGACGUCUGUGUUUCUUCCUCCUCUCCUUAGGUGCGGUGGAGGAGUCAUGGGACAUGCAGUGUGUCUCCCCCUGGUGGCAGCAGGUGCGGUCUGCGUGUGUCCAGUCCCACAGUGCUGCUGCUGCACUGCUGGCUGCAAUAGUGGCUCACCGCGCUGCCAAGGAUAACAUCACCAGCCUGGCCGAUACCAAGGUAACAUACACAUGCGCACGCGCACACACACACACACUGAUAUGUGUGCUUCGUCACUGACUCUCUCUCUUUGUGUGUGUGUGUGUGUCAGUUCCAGUCGGAGUGGGAGGCGGUGUCGUUGGAGCUGGAGCAGUGGGCGGUGUGUGUGAGACAGCUGGAGGAUGUGCUGGCCCUGCAGACGCUGCUGUGUAUGCCUCCUCUUAAGGGAACACCAGGGGGCGUCACACCACACUGCUCAGUCAAAGCCCUGCUGGAGGGAGGCCGAGGUACUAGAUGAAUACUAUAAGAAAUAAAAAGGCUGUGGCUGCGAAUCCGUCCCCGUCUCACCCCCCCUAGAACCCCAUGGAAAGAUCCUGAUCACUUUCUGUGCAUGUGUGUGAACUUUUGAGCAGAUGGUGUUAACAAACUGCAGCAUACCUGUGUUUCGAUUCAAUCAAAGCACAUACGUAACCAAAAGUAUGUGAACACCUGCUUGUCAAACAUCUCAUUCCAAAAUCAUGGGCAUUAAUAUGGAGUUGGUCCCCCCUUUGCUGCUAUACCAGCCUCCAAUCUUCUGGGAAGGCUUUCCGCUAGAUGAUGGAACAUUGCUGUGGGGACUUGCUUCCAUUCAGCCACAAGAGCAUUAGUGAGGUCGGGCACUGAUGUUGGGCGAUAAGGCCUGGUAGAAACUAUUGGCCAGUCUUUGAGUUUUUGCCAUGUACUGACCGCGUCUGAGUGAUUGAAGCGGUGAGAACAGGGCAUGGCUUGGGUGGCUGGGGUCCCUGAUGAUCUUCUUGGCCUCCCUGCGACACCUGGUGUUGUAGGUGUCCUGUUGGCAGGCAGUGUGCACCCAAUGGUGCAUUUGGCUGCACGUAUCACCCUCUGAAGAGCGUUGCGGUCCACGGUGGUGGAGUUGCCGUACCGGGCUGUGAUGCAGUCCGACAGUAUGUUCUCGAUGGUGCUCCUGUAGAACACUGUGAGGGCCCUCGGGGAUAGGCUGAAUUUCUUGAGCAUCCUGAGGUUGAAGAGUCGCUGUCGUGCCUUCUUCACUACGGUGUCCUUGUGGUUAGACCAUUUCAGCUUCAUUACAAUAACGGUAUACUAUGCUAUUAUAUACUGUCAUUGUGAUCUUGCAGACAUUGAUUCAGCUUUGAUCUACCGGUAACUAUUAAACGAGCGCCAUUUGCCAGAGUAGCCUGUUCUCUACGAGUAGAGCAGAGACUGUGUGUAAAGUACAGAAUCCCACACAUGCGCAGAAGCUUCGGGACCUUUAACCCCCAGGAAGAAAGGUCCAGAAAAGUUGGAUCCGCAGCCACUUAAAUCCUUGAAGGAAUCUCAGAUCUGAGAGGCUUGGGAUUGGUGAGAGUGGUAAAGUGAAACUUUGCUUUCACCAAUCCAAUCACAUGAACAGUAGAUCCCUUUCUUUCUCUCUCUCUUUCCCCCCCAUUCUUUCUCUCAGGUGGUAUAGCAGACAGUGUGGCUAAGUGGGUGUUCAGGCAGGACUUGGCCCCUGAGCGGCUGAAGGACAUGCUGCAGAGGAGGGGGGAGGCCCAGAGCACGGAACAGCCGUCCCAGCCAGUGCUGGGGGAUGGAGAGAAAAGCCAGAAGGAUGCAGACUUCAAUAGGGCAGCAGGUGAGUGGGUACUCCUGUGGUCACUAAACGGAUUCCUCUAUAGGAAGUGUGGUUGUUGUUGUAUUAAAGAGUGUGUUUUCUGUGUCCCUCCAGAGCUGCUGGUGUCUGUGUGUCAGCGAUUCCCAGACUCCCUCUCUCCUGACCUGCUCUUUGCCCACUGCUGCUGGGAGUACGUAGUUCAGUGGAACAAAGACCCAGAGGUUUGGCUCCAUACAGUACCAGCACACAGACACUCACAUCCAUACACAUUAUACACACACACUCACACAUCUAUACACACACAUACACUCACAUCCGUAUACAUCUAUAUACACACAGUUUGAGGUGUACAAUCUAAUGUUUUGUUCUCUCUUUCUCUCUCUGUAGGAGGGGAGGUAUCUGUGUUGUGCAGUAGAACACCUGAAGCUAGUCUCCAGUCCUCACAUCCAGCUGGGUCAGACUAUACAGAAUCGUAUUUAAUAUUCACGCAGUGUGUCCCUUGGUUUGUGCUAUAAGACGACUCUCUUUCUCCUGCAGGCAUCUCCUCAAUGAUGUGGAACACGUUCAUCGUUAAACGUUUCUCAGCUGCUGCUUUCCUUAUGGAGAAGGUGAGCAGCGAUUGUUUGUAUGUGAGAGAGUUCUGAUGCAUGAAACGUCGUUGAUCAUGAUUAUCUUUAUAAUGCUCCAACCCAUCCUCUGUUUGUGUUUCCUCCUCCACAGGUUGGGAAGGCCCCUAAAGACCGCCUGUGUCGACGGGUGAGCAGAGCACUGCCCUAUUCAGCUUUACAGCUACAUGUCUACCUCUCUGAUUGGAACUUGUUGAUCUUGGGCUGUGAAUAGACAUAGUACAUAACGGUAUAUACAAUUUGUGGUGUUUCUGUGUUUAUUCAGGAUGUGGGAAUGGGAGACGGUGCCAUGACAUCAUUCCUGGGCUCCUGUGCUGAGCUGCUACAGAUUCUGAUGGAGGUACACAAAAAAAGAUGGAUGGAUGCAUACAGUUAGGCAAAUUAACUGCGCUGCAGCACAGGUAAAAAGCAUGUGCUGUGUGCAAAGUGGAUGUAAGUCAACGCCACCCUGCAAGAGGGUUUGCCACAGUAAUGAUGUACCAUUCAGGGCUUGAAAUUAAGGGCGUCCCGGGGACGAUAAAAAAAUUAAUAUGUCUGGGAUGGUUCUAAACAGACGUUGGGAAGGUUGGGGGACGAUAGGCCAUACAAUUAAAAUGCAUACAACAGUGGUUCCAUACUAAAAAAAUGUAACACAAAGAUGAGGCUGCUCAAACAGAUAACAACAUUUAGCUUAAAAGUUGAUAAACUAUGAAUAAUUCAUAUUACAAGCGCAGCAAUGUGUUCACUCGUCUCGGCCAUAUGUGUGAAUGUUCCAAAAUGCUAUUACGGGAGAACACCAUUCUCAAACGUGCACCUGAUGGGAGCAGUUUUUAAAAUGCGACAGAGAUGGAUAUACAACUUAAUGGUAGAAACUUGGAAAGAGGGAAUAUCUAAAGAUGCAACAAUAGGAUUGUGCCUUACUGCCUUUGGACAGUAGAAGAAACAAUUCUGGUUUCAAUGGCAUAUCAGGAAAUCUUAAAGAACUCACUCUUUUUCUAUGGUCUAAUUUUGGCUGUAGGCUAUUAAAAGCAAAACGUCCAGGUUUCAAACAAUGAUAUGGCUGGCUAGACUUCGCAUAUAUAUUUAUUUAGGUUAUGGAAAUGUUUAAUAUUAGAAUUUCAUUACAAUGUUGGGCAAAUAGGCCUAUUAGAAUGCACAUUUUACUCUCUCCCAGCCUGUCUGCGAGCCUACUGGCCAGGAUCUGAGGUUGCGUGUGCCGGGAGUUGCUGUGGCAUUUGCAUUGUCUUAAGGUUAUUCCAGAGAAUAAGGUUGUAUCUCUGUGGCCUGAACUGAAUGCACACUGUAAAAUGUGCAAAGUAUUUCUGCCUCGCGCUGCAACACUGCAUGGCUGGGGGCUGUGCGUGCGCACGUGAAGAGCUGAGUAACAGAUUCAUUUUUAGAAGCGCUGGGCACAGGCAAAAAAGUUUGUUUAAUUUUCUUUAAAUGAGUCUACUGAAGUAAGACUUUGUCCUUGUGCUUCUUGGCUAUUUACAUUGUUUUGUUCACAAGCUAGGUUGUUUUUCCAUGUUUGAGUUUCAAUAGCUAGGGAAGAGAAACAACGCGGAUACUAGUCACUCUCGAUCUGUCACAAACAUGACUCAAGUCGCGUUACCACGGUACCCUCCUUUUAAAGCGGCAGGUGAAAAUGUUUGUCUCAUCUGUGAUAUUUUUGUUCAAAGACUCAGGUCACAAAAAAUGAAAUGAAAUUACGUCUUACUAGUAAUGCAUGUAUUGUUUCAGAAACAUUACAAAGCAUGCUCAUGUUUUUGUGUGUUUUGUUGGUGUAAUGUUACUGGAAAUUUUUUUAUUUUGUCUGGUAAGAAAUCUGAGUGGCUGGUAGAUUUUUAAAUCUACCUGCCACAGUGGCUGGUGAACCAAAAAGUAAAUUUGAGGCCCUGGCUGUUAUGUAAGUGGUGGUGCUCAAAAAGGUAAAGGUGACCAUUCUUCAGUGACUGAAGAGGGAGGGUGAAGCAGAGAAAGUGAAGGCUGGGGAACACAUACAUGUUCUUUAUUGUAUAGGCUAUUGUUGUGUUAUGUUGUUUAAUGGGGCAGCUGGUGGUGGAAUGUAAUGUCUCUAACUUAAGUUUAUUCAGUAACCAGUUCACAAUAACAUUGUUCUCUCUUAGAUAUAUUGUAUACAUGUGGUUAACAUGUUCAAUUAAUACAUUAUUAUUAUUAUUAUGAAUAAUGUAAUGGAUGUUUGUCUGUUUUCAUUAAGGAGGAAAAAAGUUAGUUGCGAGCCCUGGUACCAUUGCUGCAGCACAGGGACUUUGAAAAAUUACUUUUGAACUAAAGCAUUUGUAGAUGCACAGAUAGACGCCACUUUGGUUGAUUUGAUAGUGAUACUCUCAAGUGAGGCUUUUCCUUGGUAACUCUGAACCACUUCCCCCUCUCCUCCAGGCGGACUCGGGGAUAGAAGAGGUUACCCCUCCAGAGCUGUGUGUGGAGGAGGUGUGGGGGGGAGCGGAGGGUCCUGCCUCCAUAGCAGAGUUAGCCCUGGAGCAGAGGGGAGUCCACUACCCCCUUGUACAACACCACUGUCUCCUGGCCUCUGUACUACACGCUGCUAUGACCUUCAGCCUCCGAGUCAAACCACUCAGCCUGUUCGACAGCAAGGUGAGACAAACACGUGGUGUAAACCAAAAAGUACACACAUGCAUAACACCUACAGUAUACUCACUGCAAGUCUUUCCUUCUUCCAGGGUAAGAGUGCCUUCUUCAGAGAGCUGGUGUCCAUCCAGCUGAUGCCCAGUGGAGACAUGGACCCUGGCCUGGUCUCCCUUAGACAGGAGUUCCUGCUCAGGGUGUUGACAGGCUGGGUGAAGACCCAGAGGGAGGCAGGGACGGGGGAGGCUCCUGCAUCUGCCCGGCCGGACCUUGAUUCAGGGGACGAGACGUGGCCCUCUCUGUGUCUGGACCUGGGGCCCCUGCUGCAAGUCAACCCAGACAUCCUGCGCAGACACCUGGUGUGUGAGCUGUACAACCAGGGCCUGGACCCCCGGGCAGAGCAAGUAGGUAGUCAUAAACACCAACAGGUCCCUCAAUACAAAAUACAAGUAACGCUAUACACACAUAUUAAUCAAAUGAAUAUGAUCACUCACAAGGUAUAUAAAAAAAUCGGAAGCCAACUGGUGUGUGUGUGUGUUGUCUGUCAGGUGAUGUUGGAGGUGGAGGAUAAGGACGUGUUGGGUUCCCAGCUGUUGGUUCUAACAGGCCAGAGGCUGAGCUACUCCCUGCUCCACACCCAGACCCAGACUAAGCCUGCCAUGGAGCUGCUGGCACGCCUCCCCCCCACACUCUGCACCUGGCUCAAGGCUAUGGUGAGACCAACCUGUGUUACCUUAUAACAUGUUAGAACCACUGUAGAACAACUGGCUCAAGGUGCUUAAAAGCAUCUGUCUCUUAGCUUAAUUCAACAUCCCUAGUGUUGCGUGGGUUACUAAUGGUGUUAUUAUUUAUGUGUGUGUGUUGUCCCCAGGACCCCAGUGAGCUGGGGUGCCCGUCGGUGCCCCUGAGCCAGACCAGUAGGCUGGUGAGCCGCCUCAUAGAGAUCCUACCUGAGAACCACGGCCAGUACAGCCUGGCACUACACCUACUGGAGGCUGUGGAGGCCCUGCAGGGAGAGGACUGA